AUGACAAAGAUAAGGCCUCGCCAAGGAGAGGGCGUCAUCCGGUUUUGCUUUGCUGCGUUGACUCGAUUUUGCUCGUUCAACGCGACAGCAUCACACGGCUCACGACCACUCAACGUCCUGCCGCUGGUUUGUUUCUCGCCGCAUUCCGACUUUCGCGCUUCGCAUCCUUCGCUUCAACAGCGUUUUGCUUUGUGUCUUUGCCUCGACGGACAUUUGCUAUUCCACGGAGAUUCGACCUUGGACUGUUCCGCCGCUGCCGACAAAUCGAGCGACAACGACGACGACGACAGAGACCGACAGCACUCGGCAGGGACCCUGACCUACCGACUACCCUCCUACCCAUCCGCUCCUCUACCACACACCGCCGACAUGACGAGGCCGCGCGGGUCCUCGGCCGCCAGCGAGGACAGCUCCGGCACGGCGCACGACCAGGAGCUCGGCAGCAUGUACGACUACCUGGCCAAGAUUAUAUUGCUUGGGCCGAGUGGGUCGGGGAAAUCCUGUCUCCUGCACCGGUUCGUCAAAAACGAGUGGCGGGUCCUCUCGUCGCAGACCAUCGGCGUCGAGUUCUCGAGCAAAAUCAUCAAGGUCGGCAGCGGCGCGCGGCGCAAGCGCAUCAAGCUGCAGCUGUGGGACACGGCCGGCACCGAGCGCUUCCGGUCCGUCUCGCGGUCGUACUACCGCGGCGCCGCCGGCGCCAUUCUCGUCUACGACGUCACGGCGCACCGCUCGUUUGCGGCCCUGCCGCCGUUUCUCAACGACGCGCGCGCGCUCGCCUCGCCGCACCUCACCACCCUGCUCGUCGGCAACAAGCUCGACCUGGCCGCCGACCUCAUCGACGUCGCCGACACCCGCCCCGCCGCCCCGACGUCGUCGUCCGCCUCGUAUCUGUCGUCGUCGCCGUCCGCGUCCAUCCUGGGCACAAGCGUGGCCACGACGGCAGCCAGCCUACCGGCGUCGUCUGCGUCCGCGUCCACAGCGACGGCCGCACCGUCCACCGCCGCCGCCGCCCCCGCCGCCCCCGGGCUCGGCGCCCAGCUCAAGGCCACCGUCGCCCCCGACGGCCGCGAGGUCAGCACCGCCGAAGCCGGCCGCUGGGCCACGUCCGUGCACGUGCCCGUCGCCCUCGAGGUCAGCGCGCUGAGCGGCGAGGGCGUCGACGAGGUCUUUGGCCGCAUGGCGCGCAUGAUUCUGACCAAGAUUGAGCUCGGCGAGAUCGACCCGGACGACCCCAUGAGCGGCAUCCAGUACGGCGACGCCGGCGCCAGCUGGAACGCCGGCGCCAGCGACGGCGGCAGCACGCGAAGCUACAGCAUGGCGGGCGGCGGCGUCGAGGAUGCGAGUGGCAGCGGCGGCGGACCGAGACGGCGCCGCAACGGCACCGUGCUGGGCGGCGGGCGCAAGGCCAAGCGCGGCGGCGGCAUGGCGCUGCGGGAGUGGGAAGAGGUGUUUGCGCUGCCGAGCCGGCGACGCGGAGGGGCGUGUGGGUGUUGA